UGAUCGAACGAAUUGUAACUGGUGGUGAUGUUGAUGAAUCUCAUGGAGAUACAGAUUUGUUAGCCGGUGAUCUACUGAUAUUGCUGAGAAAUUGUAAUUGAUUCAGAUCUCACAUCAGAAUUCAAUGAAAGUACACAAUUAAAUGGAUCGCAGCCAACAACUCCUAAAGCUUAUUGUCCAAUGCGAUGGCAUUCAUUUCUUUUAAUGUUUUAAUCAAUGAUACGUAAUUAUGUAUCCACCAACACACUUCUCAGUGAGUCUCGUAGAUAUGAAUUGAUUCUGUCAUCUACUUAGCUUACAUAAUGAUAUAGCAUAAUGAAAGAAUAAUGAAUGAUUUACAAUCAUUAGCCACAGCCGGCUAAUGAAAUCUUUGCGCACUUCGGUAUAUAUUGAUUAACAAUUUAAUUUUCAUACGUUGUGUCAACCGUAGAUACCGAAGCGAGUCGAAACACUGACGACUGACUCGCAAGUUUUUUCGACUCAUCAACCAAGUCGAAGUCGGGGCUUUAACAAAUCUAGUCACUAGUCGACUCACUUGUAAGUUAAACAUGAGAAAUUAUUUGAAUGCAAACAGAAAAAAGUUUGGUCUAAGCCGUGUAAGAUUUCUUUUUAAAAACUGCAUUUUCACCUUUCUCUUGGGCUAAUUGAAACUUUUUAUACUAAAAACAAAAGCAGAAAAUCUAUCAGUUGUUACACUUGAUUUUUGAAUGGACGAUACGACUCGAAAUUCAAGUUAAUUUUGUAUUUAAGUCGACUCAAAGUCGAAUAACUUGAGUCGAUCGAGUUGAUUGAUUUUCGGCUUCGACUCGAGUCGCUUACUGAUCGACUGACUGACUGACUAGAUCGACUAGCUUCGGUAUCUAGUCAAACUUAACCUACAAACCAAUUUUACCUUUUAAUUAUUUAAACGAUUGUUAUAAAGUUAAAUUUCGUCAUCAUUGGUUAUUCAUUGUAGAUUUUGUGAAGAAGCUUAAUUAUUGUAAGAAUCAACAACUAAUCAGCAAGAUAUUGUAUUCCAAUCAUAAUAAUAGAAAAUCUUUUUUUUCUAAAAUAAUUAAACUAAUCAAGAUGAUCAACUUAUCGAAAUGUUCGUUUAUUUCAUUUUAUCUCGAGAAUUUAUUGGCUGUUAUUGCGGUUUACAAAAAGCUUCGAACUUGUACAUUUUCGAUUGAUUAUUAAUAGUUCUAGUGCUUUUGUCUCUCGUUGAGUGACCAAAACACUUAAAGUAGAAAAUUUAAUGCAUCGGGUGGAAGUUCCUUAAUCACUCAAUUAACUAAAUAUACGGAAAUGUACAUUAAACUGCGUUCGAAACUGAAGGUUUAGUCUCAUCAGAACUUUUUUCAGGGGCUUCUGGAGCUUCUGGAGACUCUUGAGACUCUGGAUCUUCAGGAGGUGUCAGGGCUUUAGGAGCGUAUGGGUCCUUUUUAUCCCACUCUGAUGACCAUUCCAUGUCUUCCAUAACUUUUACAUAUUCCGAUCUAGAUAAGUUUUGUCAUAUUUUGGUUGUUUUGUCUUUUAGACUCGAAUGAAUCAUAUUUCAUUCAUUUUUCAUUUAAAUCAUUAGAUAAACAACUUCUUAAGAAUUGUAAUUAACGAGAAAAAGUUGAGAAAACAUUGGACUAGACAACAUUUAUUCAUAACCGUUAAUUAAAAUUGUAAUUUAACUUAUGAUUCAUUGUGCUGGUAAUCAUAAUUGCUUUUGUUGAUCAUUUGUUAUUUGUUCCUUGUUAAUGUAAGUCGUAUCAUUUAAAGUUCUUUCCUUUUAUUGACAAAAUUGUUUCCUCAAGUUUUCUAGUUUUAUUUCUGUGCCAAUUUUGUUUCUGUAAAAUUUGACCAUGGCUUCGGAUUGGGCUUCUGAGAAUAAAGGUCGAACUACUAAUGUAGUCAAAUUACUGGAAUCUUUCAAAUCUAUCGAAAUCUUCAAACUUUUUUCUAUGAAGAAACAUCCAUAUGAUAAUAUAAUUUCCAUAUUCAAUUUUUCUCUAUUAUCAAAAAUCCUUCUCAUUGAAGCUCUUCUUUUAACAUGUAAAGAUAUUUUCGGUGCUGAAAUUUCUUGUACCUUCAACACUGUUCCCAAACUCAGUAAUGAAAAUAUCAAUGACUAUUGUUGGAUCGAUGGCAGUUACACAACUCUACCCAAUUCUCAUUCUUCAAUUUCGCCCUACGUCGGGGUCACUUCCAGUGUCCAAACUGAUGAUGGAUCGAAAUUUUAUCACCGCUACUAUCAGUGGGUUUAUUUUGCUUUACUUCUCCAGUCUGUCAUGUUUUUCAGUCUUAAAUGGAUCUGGGAUCGUCUCUUGGACCAACGGGUCAUCGAUCUGGUUGGUAAACUAAAAAGUGACAAGAAAAAUCUUUACGAAUAUAAAAAAGCUGAUCAGAUGAAUCUCGUUCAAUCGGUGGCCGAUCUUUUAUUCUCUAAUGUCACCUUUUAUUAUAACGUUAUUCUCAUGGAAAUAAUUUGUCUUGUCCAUCUCAUUUUCCAAAUUUGGGCAACUGACCGAUUCCUCAAUGGCAAUUUCCUUAAACUUGGUGUCAUUUGGUUGGACUCAAGCUACAGUAUGAAAAGUAUCACUUCUUUGUUUCUUUCUUCACCUUCGACCUCACCAAGUAAUCCAGAGUUUCGAUCGACUGUGGGUGAUUCAAGUUAUUCCAAUUCCUAUGAUCCAUUACAGUUGAUCUUCCCUCGAAUGGUCAAGUGUACAUUACAAUUCUUUGGUCUCACUGGUGACAUCAAUUCUUACGAUGGACUUUGUUUUCUCGCUGCCAAUUCAUUACACGAGAAAGUUUAUCUAUGCCAAUGGUUCCUUUAUCAUUUCAUGUUCAUCUUCAUCAUUUUGAUUCUAUUCUAUCGAGGUCUAACCCUGACACUUCCACCUCUUCGAUAUUUCAUGUUAUCGUAUACGAGUUCAUCUUUUGCCGCAAAAUCGUACCGUCGAUUACUCAACUCACCCGGUAACUGGUUUCUUCUCAAUAUUUUAUCAACCACAGUUCCAAUAUCACAUUUCAUUGAUUUAAUGAAUGCAGUAGUUGAAUUGCAUUUCGAUAAACACGGAAAACCUUUGCACAAUUCAGCAUUCGGCAAAUAUGCCAAGGCAAACGAAGGAAUCAAAGUGGACAGAUCUUUCAAAACUUCUAAAAGUGUUGGAGGUGCAAAAGUUGAGGAAGACAUCGAAUGGUCAUCAGAUUGGGAUAAGAUUAACUUAUACGCUCCUAAAGCACUGACACCUCCUGAAGAUCCAGAGUCUCAAGAGUCUCCAGAAGCUCCAGAAGCCCCUGAAAAAAGUUCUGAUGAGACUAAACCUUCAGUUUCGAACGCAGUUUAAUGUACAUUUCCGUGUAUUUAGUUAAUUGAGUGAUUAAGGAACUUCCACCCGAUGCAUUAAAUUUUCUACUUUAAGUGUUUUGGUCACUCAACGAGAAACAAAAGCACUAGAACUAUUAAUAAUCAAUCGAAAAUGUACAAGUUCGAAGCUUUUUGUAAACCGCAAUAACAGCCAAUAAAUUCUCGAGAUAAAAUGAAAUAAACGAACAUUUCGAUAAGUUGAUCAUCUUGAUUAGUUUAAUUAUUUUAGAAAAAAAGAUUUUCUAUUAUUAUGAUUGGAAUACAAUAUCUUGCUGAUUAGUUGUUGAUUCUUACAAUAAUUAAACUUCUUCACAAGAUCUACAAUUAAUAACCAAUGAUGGUGAAAUUUAACUUU